GGACAGUUCAAGUCCCACGGAGCGAAUGUACAAACUGUAGCUAGCUGGCAGGCUCGCCGUUUACCUCUGUUCACCUUUGGUUGUCAACGUCAGUGCCAACGAAGGUUCUCUAUGAACAACCAGACUAACACAUGGUAUUCAGCUUUGUAGCUAGGAAAAACACUGACGUUCGGUUAAUUGGACUGCCAUUGCUAUGCAGAGAGUAAAUGCGUUUUAGAGAAGAAAAUGGGCGAUAGGCAUGAGAAAGGCCCCGUUACUCGUAAAAGGAGGACCACUGUCUCUGGAGCAGGGGGUGCAGGUUUGAAACAGGCGAAUGGGAAUAAGAAUGAAUAUGUAUGCGACGCUACCGAGGCCAUUCACAAUGGUAAACUGAGGGAACCAAAGGCAGCGGAAUCACCCUCAACAUCACGAAAGGAAAAGGGAAAACAUGAAUGCAUUUACGAUAGGUUCAGCUGUCACAGCGUGCAGGAGUCCUUGUUCAGCUCAGCCAGCGGCUACAGUAACUACAGAGGGAUCCUCAACUGGUGUGUUGUCAUGCUGGUCUUGAGCAAUGCACGUCUCUUCCUUGAGAACCUGAUAAAGUAUGGGAUAUUAGUGGACCCAAUCCAAGUGGUCUCCCUGUUCUUGAAGGACCCUUACAGCUGGCCGGCUCCGUGCCUGGUCAUCGCCUCUAAUGUGUUUAUAAUGGCAGCUUUGUACACAGAGAGGAGGCUAUCAGUGGGCACCUUCUCCGAAGGCUUCGGGGCCUUCAUUCACGCGGCCAACCUGUGCACCAUCCUCUGCUUCCCGGUGGUCAUGGUGCUGGCGGCGAGCUCCAUGACCCCAGUGGGCGCUGUUUUCGCUCUGGGUGUGUACACCGUCCUCUUCCUGAAGCUCUACUCCUACAGCGACGUGAACAAGUGGUGCCGGGAGAUGAGGCAGGCGAAGGCCCGCACCAUGUCCAGAUCGCAGUCGUGCCCAACUGUUCAGAGGUCCAACGGUGCAGCUGUGCAUGCCCAGGUGUCGUACCCGAGCAACCUCACACACAGAGAUUUAUAUUAUUUUGUGUUUGCGCCAACCCUGUGCUACGAGCUCAACUUCCCGCGGUCGCCACGGAUACGCAAGCGCUUUCUGCUCCGAAGGCUUUUUGAGAUGCUUUUCUUCAUACAGUUAUUGGUUGGAUUAAUACAGCAGUGGAUGGUACCAACUAUUCAGAACUCCAUGAAGCCCUUCCAGGAUAUGGACUUCUCCAGGAUGAUAGAAAGACUCCUGAAACUUGCCGUGCCCAAUCACUUAAUCUGGCUCAUCUUUUUCUAUUGGUUCUUCCACUCCUCCAUGAACUUCGUAGCUGAGCUCAUGCAGUUUGGGGACAGGGAGUUCUACAGGGACUGGUGGAACUCGGAGACGGUUACAUACUUCUGGGCCAAUUGGAACAUCCCUGUGCAUAAGUGGUGCCUCCGGCACUUCUACAAGCCCAUGCUGAAGAGGGGUGUGCGGAAGUGGACUGCCCAGAUCGCCGUUUUCUUCCUCUCCGCCUUCUUUCACGAGUACCUGGUGAGCGUUCCUCUGAAGAUGUUCCGUCUGUGGGCAUUCAUGGGCAUGAUGGCUCAGAUUCCUCUAGCCUGGUUUGUUGGCCGAUUUCUGAGAGGAAACUAUGGCAACGCAGCAGUGUGGAUCUCCCUCAUCAUUGGUCAGCCAAUCGCUGUGCUCAUGUACGUCCAUGACUACUAUGUUCUGCACUUCCAGGAGUCUUCAGCAGGAGAUCCAGGACACACGUAGACCAUUCAAAUCACAUAAAAAGGAAAAGUUUAAUAUAAUUUCUUUAUUUUUGAGGAGAAACAUAACUUGCCGUGAAUUAACAGCAAGAAUGACUUUAAAAGGAUGGGGGAAAACAUCAGUGCAAUCCUUCAACCCACACCAGCCUUUGCACUUUGCUAAGAGAGAGUGAACUCUCCUAAGGACUAUGUGCAGUUGUCCUGCAUCACUGCCUGCCCAAAGUGAAGUUUCAGUAUAUUUGUAUGCCUUUUCAUUCUUACUUGAAACUGUGUAUCUGUGGAAUGCUGAUAUUCAUGCAGCUGUCCUUAAAAUCUGCUUAUCAAUGUCUGCUUUUUGUUCAACUGUCUGUAUUGCCAUUCAGAACAUGUACCGCUGCUCUGUCAGAUUAGUGUUGCUCUUAUUUUGUAUCUUUUGUUAUGGCUACAAGUGCCACAGGCAGCAGUGCUGUAGUGAUAUUUAGCCUUACGUCUUGAUUUAUUUACAUUUUUUGGCUUAAUUUUAAGUUUUAUAUCAGGGGUCUUGCAAUAGAAAAUUGAGGUUGCCUUUGUUUGGAUAAUUUAUUUUAUUUUGUUAUUUAUAUUGUGUAUUUGCACUUUGCAUACUGCAUGCUAUUUUGCAUACACUUGCCAAGCAAUAGAUUAAGCACUUUUUAAGCGCUUUAAGACAUUUUCAUGAAAUCAAAUCAUGUAUUAUUUAAUAUUGGAAAACGUUGCAUUAUAUUUCGCCAAUUGUCUUCAUAAUUCAGCCUUGUUGAAAUCAUUUAUUGUUGAAAUCGCCAAUGAGGCCGAGUUAUCAGCAGAGCAUAACCAAGAAGUGAAAAUCACAACUGUAAUGUUAUUCAACCGACAGUAUAUACUGCUCUCUUCGUUCCAUUCCAGAACUUUCUUUGCACCUUCAGCAAAGUAGUAUCAGAGAUGUAUACUGGUUAAUAUUCCAAAUCAUUUUAAUGUAUUUGGAAUUCAGUUAUAAGACUGAUUUUUCUAAUGAUCACUUUGACUUUUGACACUGAGAUACUCCAUUUGCAGGUUUUAAGAAUGACACUGCGUGAAAACAAGUCUUUGUGCUUGUGUCUGAUAUUUUCAGUAGUUUAGUGAUUCUAUUCAGCCUCUUAGGAAUUUUGUCUGGUUCUGUUUUUUUCCAUUAGAAUGCACAAAUUGAGUUAUUUUGGUUCUAAUUCAUUGGAAAGUAUUGACUUGGGGAAAGGUUAUGUACCAUAAUAAAAAGGUACAAGUAUUCAGGGAUGUUGGUGCUUCAUAGUUCAGGGUUGACUUUGAUCCUCACCAAAAAAAAGCAAGAGAAUGUAUUCAAAUUUUGUUGAAUUACUCAUAAGUGUAUGCAGAGUUUGAUCAAGGUAUUGGUGUAAUUGGCAUUUUGUUUAAAAGGGAAUUUAUUUAAUUUCAUUCAUGGAAAGCAGGGCCUGUUUUACCUUGAAAAUAUACUUAGUAUUUAAGUAUCCAGCUAUUUUUUUCCCAGAAUGCAAAUUAACAUUGUAUAAAAAUGCCUAAGUGAUAGAAACAAAUAAUUUUUGAUGUUGAUCCUUAUGAAAACUGUGGCUGUGACCCCCCCCCCCCCCCCCCCAAAAAAAGGAAUUCUAAAAAAAAAUGCUCAGUGGUUAGAUUUUGUACAUUUAGCAAUUAUAAAGGAUAUUUUUGUUCACUGUUCUUUGCUCCCAGUUUGGAAGCUGUGAAAUAAAGUCCUUUUGGUGGAAUGGUCAAA